CCACGACUUUAGCAAUUUGUUGUCCAAUGUUUAUAUCAUUUAAUUUAUAUCUCGUUUAUAUCAUUUGAUUUAUAUCUCAUUGGCUUUAUAUCCAAUCAAACGAAUACAUGCAAUCCAAGCAAUUAAACAGUUGACUUAUCCUUUUAAAUAUGCCGAGAGUAGAUAGUUUCUAGCUCAAUUCAUAAUCUCUAUCUCUGUCUACCAAAAAAAUGAAGAUUCUAAUUCUUUUAUCAACUUUACUGAUUCUAUUCAUCCAUUCUUCUUGUUCGGAUACUAACCAGAUUCUUGGAGCGGAAUGUUCAGGCGAUAUUAAAGCGAACCUAACGAACGAUUACAAAAUAAAUUUCAAGAAUCUAAUGGAUUCACUCGCAACAAACGCGCCUUCCAACAACGGAUUCUACAAAGCCGAGUCUGGAAAACAUUCCGACAAAAUUUAUGGUCUUACACAAUGUAGAGCCGAUCUUUCUUCAGCAAACUGCGCGGCUUGCAUCAAGAACGCCACCUUACACCGCGACUGCUACACAGAUAGUAAGAGCGUAACCAAAUGGUAUAGCUGGUGUUUUCUUCAAUACUCAAACGAAAGAUUUUUCGGGGUGUGGGAUCCAUCUGCAAUGGCGGCGAUAAUAGUUAACAACACUAAUCUCGAAGAUCCAGAUGUGGUUUCUAAGACUCUGAACUUUAUGAAUGAUCUUGUUUCGACAGCUCCGGAGCAGCCAUUGAUGUUUCAAACUAAGGUUUUGGAUGUCGGAAAAUACGGAAAGAGGUACGCAUUGGCUCAGUGUACUCGAGGUAUAAGCAGACAAGAUUGUGGAAAAUGCUUUGAUGAUAAAUUGGUGAAUUUUAGAUCAAAGAUUGGAUAUAAAAAAGAAUGGCAGGCUUUUAGUUCUGGUUGUAGUAUGUGGUAUGGUGAUUCUCAAUUCUAUUUCAACUACACAUUGCCUACACAUAAUGGCGGCGCCACUGUAAAUUUGUUGCCUGAACGGUUUUCGAUUGGCAUGAUUGUUCCGGUGAUAAUGUUUUUGUUAUUUUUCUAGUCAUUUGAUGUGGGUGUGGAUGCGAAAUUUUUGAAAAAUAGAAUUUGCGGAAUAUAUGAAGUAUGGGAAUUAGUCGA